AUGAACACCAAAUUUAUCGCAUCAUACGAGCCUCAAGGCACUGACCCAGACUUGAGACUCGUGAGCGGAUCUGUGCGGGCUGUUCAUGCCAGCGAACUGCUUAUUCGAGUUGUCGCUACUGGCAUUUGUCACACUGACCUCAUCUUCGCCACUUGGCCAGCCGACCAUAUCCCAUAUCCCAAGGUGCUAGGUCACGAGGGUGCUGGUGUUGUAGUGGAAGCAGGACCUGGGGUCACCAAAGCUCGUCCAGGUGACUUUGUCCUACUCUCCUUUCACAAUUGCAAAGACUGCCAUGACUGCAAAGAGGGCCAUCCGUCCUUUUGUAGCAAAUUCGUGGAGAUCAAUUACGGUGGUGAGGAUGCAACGUAUACAACGGAGGGCACCAACCUGCGAGGCAACUUUUUCGGGCAGUCGUCGUUUGCUGAAUUGGCGGUUGUCAAGGAAUCAUCUGUUGUGAACGUGACCGACAUCAUCAAGACUGAAGAGGAAUUGAAGUUAUUCGCGCCGCUUGGUUGUGGAUUCCAGACUGGUGCGGCAACAGUUGAAAACGUUGCCAGAGCAAAUGAGAAGGACAGAGUCGCAGUCAUAGGUCUUGGUGGCGUCGGGUUGGUCUCUAUCAUGACAGCAAAGAUGCAGGGUUGCGAGACCAUCAUUGGUAUUGAUCGUGUACCCGACAGGCUGGAAUUAGCCAAGGUCCUCGGAGCGACUCAUGUAAUCAAUACUUCCGAUGAGAACAUUGACAUGAAAGGGGAGAUCCAAAGAGCCACUGACGGAAGAGGCUCUAGCAUAACGAUUGACACGACAGGAAACAUGGGCCUUAUCAAAGCAGGUCUAGAGUCUACUUCUAAUAGAGGUCAACUGAUCUUUAUUGGAGUACCGCCACUUGAUGCCAUGAUGGAUCUUCAUCUUGUUACAUUCAUGCAGACUGGGAAAGUCAUUCGAGGAACGAUUGAAGGUGAUGCUAUCCCUGCCGAGGUAUGA